UACAGGCGCAUAUGACUGGAGUGGUUGUGAAUCCAAAUUGGUAGCGUUAGUAACGUUAGCUGCCUUUAGUAUCGCAACUAAAGCAGAUAGCUAACAUCACGAUUCCAGAAACAUCCCGAAUCUACUAAAACUUGUAUUUUAAGAAGGCGGCUUGUGACACACAGACGUCUUGGUAUUGAUAUCCAGCAGCAUGAAGUUAGUUGAGCUGAGGAAUAGCACCAUAAAGUCAAUGCAAACAGGAGUGUGAGACAAGCAAAGGAGAACAAAACCAAGAAAAGAUGGUUGCUCUGUAUGUUUUACUCUUUGGCCAGAUCUGUGUGGCUUCGUGUGUGCUGCCUAUUGGAAGCCAGCCUGAGCAAGUGCACUUAUCUUAUCCAGGUGUGAAGGGUUCAAUGGUGAUCACUUGGACAACCUUAAAUGCGACUGAGAGCAUUGUGGAAUAUGGUCUAUGGGGUGGAAAGCUCUUUACUCAGUCUGCCAGGGGAAACUGCACCACGUUUGUAGAUGGAGGGUCAGAGAAGAGGAAAAUAUACAUUCACAGGGUCACCCUGUCUGAGCUGAUACCUGGCUUUACAUAUGUCUAUCACUGUGGCAGUGAAGCAGGCUGGAGUGAUGUCCUAUACUUUACUGCUCUAAUUGAGAGCACAAGCUUUAGCCCUAAAUUUGCUUUGUUUGGAGACAUGGGCAAUGAAAACCCUCAGUCACUUGCCAGGUUGCAAAAGGAGACCCAGGUCGGGAUGUAUGAUGUCAUCCUGCACAUCGUCUUAUAUAGUUUUUUUGUGCAUGUAAAUGGUCUGCAAAGUGACAAAGCUCAAGUUACAAAGCCCAAAAUACACAUCAGUGAGUACCUGCAGAGAGAUUUUGCCUACGACAUGCAUGAGGAUGAAGGCAGAAUUGGAGAUGAGUUUAUGAAACAGAUAGAGUCCAUUGCAGCCUACGUGCCCUAUAUGACUUGCCCUGGUAAUCAUGAGUGGGCCUACAACUUCUCACACUACAGGAGCCGUUUCAACAUGCCGGGCCAGACGGAGGGGUUGUGGUACAGCUGGAACAUUGGGUCAGCACACAUCAUCUCCUUCUCCACUGAGGUCUACUUCUACCUUGAGUAUGGCCUGGACCUCCUCUUCAGGCAGUAUGAGUGGCUGAAGGGGGACCUGGAGGAAGCGAACAAACCAGAGAACAGGGCAGCGCGACCCUGGAUCAUCACCAUGGCACACAGACCCAUGUACUGCUCCAACAAUGACCACGAUGACUGCACCAAAUUUGAAAGCUAUGUACGACUUGGACGCAACGACACCGAUCCACCAGCCCCUGGCCUGGAGGACCUCUUCUAUCGCCAAGGCGUGGACUUGGAGUUUUGGGCACAUGAGCACACCUAUGAGAGGCUGUGGCCUGUGUACAAUUACAAGGUGUUUAAUGGGAGCACUGAGGAACCAUACAUGAACCCCAGAGCACCCGUGCAUAUUAUCACUGGCUCCGCUGGCUGUCGGGAAAAGCAUGAUGGCUUUAUUCCGAAGCCAAGAGAGUGGAGUGCAUUUAGAAGUACAGAUUAUGGCUACACCCGCAUGCACCUCAUCAACUCCACACACAUCUACCUGGAGCAGGUGUCCGACGACCAGUCUGGCAAAGUAAUAGACAGCCUCCUGCUAAUAAAGGAUGUUCACGGACCAGAGGCCUGGCUCUGAAUCCUUCAUCAGCUUUGAGAAGGGGAGCUGCAUUGGUAAAGGAACCUUGCUCACCAGGAGGCUAGGCUACACCUUGAACCUUCAAGUAUGAAUCUGCAGGAUCACAGUCAGAAAGAGGGAAACAUUUCUUCUACUAGGCAUCAACUAAGGAGUCACUAUUGGCUCUUGAGAGUGCUCAAUUAAAUGGCGCUGGACACCUAAACCAUCGAGGGUAAAGCUGAAACCUGGAGUGCCACACACAAUGGGGCCGUUGAUAUAUCGGUACUCCACUGAGCGAGUGAGCAAGCCGAUUUCCUCGACAGACCAGCAGGGCACGAGUGAGGAAACAGCUGUCCACACAAGUUUCCAAUGUAAGUCUUUCUGUUACUUGCCAUUAGGCUCAUUUCAUUCACCAUUAGAAAACUACAGUAAGGCUUACGUAGUCGCCUCACCCGUGUCAGGACGAUUUUGGCAGAAAUCCCAUGUGUUCUGUUGUGAAGGUUGGGAGUCCAAAAAGCAAAGUAAAAGCUUUUGGGUAUGCCAUUUGCAGAGCAAUACAGCUGCAUGAUUAACUCAUCCCAGAUCACAGGAAAUAAAGAAAUGUGGUGGGUAAAACCACACGCUGCUGGUGCCCAGAGGGUUCGGAUAGCAGGAAUUUCAGUCCUUCAUUCUCGAGAUGAUUGUGAUUGGAUCUAGAUGUUGGAAGUAUGUGACUGUGUGUAGCAUAAAGCAGCACACACACUGACACAGAUAUUUAUGAGCCUCUUCUCCACACCCUGAUCCUUUAAGAAAUGGAGAUCCUCUAGGGAGGUCACAUACUCCUUGUGGUAAACCCCACAUAUAAGUCCUUCAGGACUUGAGCCUUCCUACAAAUGUCAGGCAGAAGACUAACUAUCCUACCCCAAUUUCCUAAAAGUAAUAUAUGCAGCACAUUGGACUGUCAAUCUAAAGCCUAUGACUCAAUCUAUCAGAGAUCCUCCUUUCCUAUAACAGCUGAUGCCAGUACCCAUUCUUUUUUACAAGGUGUUUAUAGUAUAGACACAACAGUCAGAGCUGUUGAAAAAUGCCAUCCUGUACUGCACUUAUACUAAAUUAUGUUAAACUGUGUCACGUUAGGUAUACUUAGUUUCCAAAAAAGAUGAGUUUUUCAUUGUUAUCAAACAUAAAGGAGAGUCUCUGCUAAAAGAAAGUCUCUGCUUAUGGCAAAUAUGCAGUAAAAAAUCUUUAUUUUUGCUAUUCACUCCUCUGUGCCUGUCUAUUUUUGUUUUCAUAACAUAGGGUUUCACAGAAGCUACAUGGCUCCUUUAUCUCCCCUAACAGUACAAAGAUCCCUUUAUGAGGAGGCUUUCUAAAGCACUGCAAGAAUGGGAUGCACAGGUUUCACAUGUACCUGGAUCCCAUACUUCUUGCUUCCUUCCAGUAAGGAAUCCGCUUCAAAAAUAUCCAGUGCCACAUGUGCUUUCUCCAUCACUGCAUGCCCGGACGUGAUAGGAUGCUAGCCUCUUCUGUGCUAUCAUUAUUGGCUACAUAGAGAAAUCAGGAGGUUGACGCAUUCUCCCUGUUAUUCACCAAGCCCAGAGAUAUAGGUUUUGUUAUAAGUUAUUUGGUUAUUAGCAUGUUGCCUGAAAAAUAAACUGAAAAGCUACUGUGCCGGCUAAUGACAUAAGUCAAUGUCUUUUUCUAGGCCUUGCUGGAUAGAUUUGACUAUUACAGACCAACUAAAUGAAUGAUGUGGUCAUUUGUGUGCAGAUUUGUUGUUAAAGUUCUUCCCAUGCUGAAUAUGCUUAUGCUCAUUUUUGAGCAUCUGUGUGUGUGUACAAGCAUAUGCCCAAUGUUGCUGUGGUCCUAUAAAACCAUUAAAUCCAACCAAUGAUUUAUUGGUUGGUUACACUCCAUGUAAAAAUUGAAUUUUUUUUGUGUGUGUGUAGGUCAUAGCUGUAGCACACAAAAAGCAGUGUGAGCAUAAAGGCAGACAGCAAUAAUGUUAGCUCUGGCUAAUCACAAGCAGCAGCCGAUGUCUGUGAGAAGUGUACGAGGUCCUCUAGGGCCACAUGCAUAUGCCUAAAUGAUGCUCAUUAAGUGCAUGUCUCUAAUAUCAGCACAAAUGUUUCCGCACACUGUGCUUAUUUUGUCAUUAGUGAAAAAUGAACCAGCCUUGUGAACUUGAAAUAAGUAGGAACCCAGAAUUUGUUAUAUAGCCCUUGAUUGUAUCUAUAAUCUUUUAAUAUCAAUAAUCAGAUAAAUGCUACUUAUGCCACCAGAUGUUGCCCCGACAUUGCAUUUGUUUCGGCCAUUAGGAUGUUGCUGUGAUAAAAUAAGCAUAUGUUUGCCAUUGAUGUUUGGUUCACUUCCCCUAUAGCAAGGCGUAAGAGCAUUUUUUCCAGGGAGUGGAACAGAUUGCAAACCAUUGGCACGCGCUAUCCUUAGUUCCCAAUGGAUUUACAGAUGUCUCAGUGAAGAACGCUUGAUUGGGGUUGCAGCACACUAGAUUACGAUCGCUGACAGCCGUGUAAGAUGCGACGUCUGUAAGAUGCCUCUGUGUGGUGGGUGACAGCUGUCGUGAACUGCCUCCACUCAGGAGUUAGGAAUGUCUGUGUCUGUUUUGAAAAUGCUUUUUAACUCUUGUUUAUUGUUGGCAGGAGUCACUUCUUUUCAUGUUUCAAGCCAUCUAUUGAAUGCAGAAGAAAAAUGUUUUAUGUUGAUUUUUUAUAAUGAACUUCAAAAAAGGGAAAGAACAAACAUUUUGGCAUUGGUGCAGUAAGUCAAAAUAUUUUUUCUGCUUCUUAUUCAAGGUUUUUAGAUCAUAGAUGAAAAAACGCAAGGCAAAAACAGAAUGUGAUUCCAAUCUUGUGCAUGUAUUUUAUUGUUUUGUAAUCACAGAGCAGUUUGUGUCCAGACUCCCUAUUUCAGGUGAGUAUAAGUAUCGGGAAAGUUUGCAGUUUAAUUGGUUUGAUGGUUUCGGCUACACUGACUGAGCCCAUGACAGUCUUUAGCAUCUACCCUCCAAGUCUUGAAACUCAGUAACUUAAAAGAACAUGUUAAAUGAUGCCAAUAUACAUACAAUGCCCAUGCAUACAGGUGACAAAGGUACUUUUACCUUUUAAUGAAUAAUAAUAAAAUGAAUAACUCUGUUAUCUUGUUUUAAAGUGACCAAAGUGAAUAUUAAAGCUUGAAAUCUUAUAUUGUUUCUGUUGUCUUUAGCUUGUAUUAAUCUGGUCUUUGCUGAUUUGUUGUUUACUGUGUUUUCCACUGCAAGUUUAGUUCCUGUGCAAGGUUGGUUGUCCUUUAAUGAAUGUAGUAUGUCAUUAUUUGUCAGUAUGUCAUUAUUUCUGUACUUUCACUAUUUGCACUCUGGUCGGCAGCAAACCCUUCCCCACACCUCUCUAACCCAUCAGUUCACUCUCAAGCAAACGCAACAGGGAACAGUAAUAGAUAAAGCUUUCCUCUCUUGUGCAUAAAAAGAUUCAGUAGAAAUCUUUCGGAACUUGCCAACUUGCACUGGUAACUAGGUGUUCCCAAAAGAAACCUAAAACAAAACAAAAAAAAAGGUGAGGUAGUGUGAGAGAUGUUGACUCUUCUAUUUUAGAAUAUCAAAAUGAAGGAGAAUAAGCAGGCAGCCCAUGUCUCUAUACACAUUUACUAUAUUAAACAAGAAAAGCCAGCAAAGCAGCACAUUAAGUAACCUUUUAAAGAUCCGGAUUGCAUGUAUCAGAGGAACGAAAUUUGACCAAAUAUACAGAUUAUCACACAAAUCUUUUCUUCAUACAGAUGGUGGUCAUAUGCUCAGUAUCACACUUUGGAU